AUGAACCUCACCUGGCUCCUAUUCGCAGCGAGCACCCUCGCAGCCACUACACCAACACCAACGACACCUCCAUCAACGGACUCUGGCUGGUCCUCUGUUGAAAAUGCACUACAUUCCAUGACCAUCCCCUCCCUCGCCCUCCCAACCAACUCCGGCAACCUCGCCAACAUCUCCCCUCCCCCGCGUUCCCUCAUCAACCAAGUCAUCUCCGCCGUCCCAGCCAGCGUGCUUGUGGAUCUCUUCGACCCCUCAAAGCGUCGCGCACUGGGAUCCGAAAUCCAGGCUGGCUCGACCCCGACGUGGUAUCAGAACCUCCCCACCGACGUCAAGAAUUACAUGGCAGUGGUGAAGUCGCAGAUAUCCGAAGGAGCACUAACGGCGAGUCCGACUGCUUCGAACUCUGUUUCUGGUUCUGGUUCUGGUUCUGUGAGUAAUGAGGCAACGGCGACAGCGGCCGAGACUACGACCGGAGCUGCGAGUGAUACGAAUAGCGGUGGGCGGAUACAGCCGGGAGGAAUUGAGGUGGCGAUUGCAGGUGCAAUUGCAAUCAUGGGAAUGAUGCCUUUGUUGUAG